AUCCCCCUGAAGAAGACUAAUGCUCUCAUUGCACAGAUGGGAAUAACCUUCCUCAACGCAUACGUUCCUAGUGCACUUUGCUGUCCCAGUCGAGCUAGCAUUUUAACAGGAAAAUAUCCACACAAUCAUCACGUUGUCAAUAACACUCUAGAAGGAAACUGCAGCAGCAAGUUGUGGCAGAAGAUUCAAGAACCCUACACCUUCCCAGCGCUGCUCAAAACUAUGUGUGGCUAUCAAACGUUCUUUGCUGGAAAGUAUUUGAAUGAGUAUGGAGCAGAGGAUGCAGGGGGAGUCAGUCAUGUCCCUCCUGGAUGGAGUUUUUGGUAUGCUUUGGAGAAAAAUUCAAAGUACUACAACUAUACUCUUUCAGUAAAUGGCAAAGCACGAAGGCACGGUGAAAACUACAGUGUAGAUUAUCUGACAGAUGUACUGGCCAACAUGUCAUUGGACUUCUUGGAGUAUAAAUCGAAUUUUGAACCUUUCUUUAUGAUGAUCUCAACCCCAGCACCCCACUCCCCUUGGACAGCUGCUCCACAGUAUACAAAGAGCUUUCAGAAUGUCAGUGCACCAAGAAACAGCAAUUUUAAUAUUCAUGGCAAGAACAAGCACUGGUUAAUUCGACAAGCAAAGACUCCAAUGACUAACUCUUCAAUACAAUUUCUUGAUGAUGCUUAUAGAAAACGGUGGCAAACUCUGCUCUCAGUAGAUGACCUGGUAGAGAAACUAGUGAAGAAACUGGAACUGAAUGGAGAAUUGGAGAACACGUACAUCUUUUACACAUCAGACAAUGGCUUCCACACUGGCCAGUUUUCUUUGCCAAUAGACAAACGGCAGCUGUAUGAGUUUGAUAUCAAAGUUCCAUUGCUAGUUCGAGGACCAGGGAUAAAACCAAAUCAGACAAACAAGAUGCUUGUGGCAAAUAUUGAUUUGGGUCCCACUAUUCUGGAUAUCGCGGGGUAUGACUUGAAUAAGACCCAGAUGGAUGGGAUGUCACUGUUGCCGCUGUUGAGAGGAGACAAAAAUGUGACAUGGAGAUCAGACUUCUUGGUGGAGUACCAAGGGGAAGGAUACAACGGCAGUGAUCCUACCUGUCCUGGCCUAGGACCUGGAGUCACACACUGCUUCCCAGACUGUGUCUGUGAAGAUUCCUACAACAACACAUAUGCUUGUGUAAGGACACUGUCAACUUCCUGGGAUCUGCAGUACUGUGAAUUUGAUGACCGGGAGGUGUUUGUGGAAGUAUAUAACUUGACUGCAGAUCCACACCAGAUUAAUAACAUUGCUAAAACAAUUGAUCAAGAAAUUCUAGAAAAGAUGAACUAUCGAUUAAUGAUGCUGCAGUCCUGUUCAGGAGCAACUUGCCGUACACCAGGUGUCUUCGAUCCCGGGUACAGGUUCGACCCACGGCUCAUGUUCAGCAAUCACGGUGUUCGGGCUCGGAGGUUUUCUGCACAGUCCUUAUAAGGCACUUAAGAGCCUCUUGCAAUCAGCCCCCACUGACCAGUUUCUCCAGUGACUGCAGCAGGUCUGUCUCUGUACUCUUGUUGAUUGCAGCUGGAAGACUUUUAAUGGGCUAUUCAAACCCUGUUUGGAAGAAAAACCCUUGUCUUUAGCUGGUUGCCUUGUGCAAUAUAUGUAUUUUACAGCUGAACUCUGAAUUGUUAGACACAGAUAAUCUGUCUUGCUCAGAUAGCUGAUUACCACUUUUGUCUUUCAAGUACCUUUUCAUAUCACAGGCACAGAGGUGAACCUAUGCCUAUGAAUCUGAACAGUUUAUUUUGUUCUAAAAAUCAAUAAAUGCAUAUUUGAGUCGGGACAGAUAGGCAGGUGCUAUUGCACAGUAAUGCUCACCCAUAUUCAGUGUCAUAGACUUUCUUAAAAGCUAUGUUUAAUUACAGGUUUUCUGUAUUGAGCUCAAAGCUGUUAAUGACAAUAGCAUACUAGCCCAAAAUAGUGUAGGAAGGCAUUAGUCAAAACUGUAGGAUCUGACUAGCAAAUGUCUUGUGCAGAAUUAAAAUCUGAACGCUAAAUACUCUCUUUCAAUGAGACCACUUCAAGUGAGACCAAUGAAUUUUGUAGAACAGCUUCGGUAGCUUGCAAACAAGAAUGUAAUUUCAACCUCCUUCUAGUUUGAAAUGCUGGAAUGGGUUACUGUGUACUACUGAAAAAACUCUUAGGGUUUAGUAUAGGCUUCCUAGUGAAUUAACAAAAGAGUGUUGAGACUAACAAGUAUUCAAAUAAGCGUGC